AUGAAAUACUGGAAAUAUAUUGAUAUAACACAAACAAAUCAUCCUAUGCUUUUUUCUGGGGAAAAAAUUCUUUUUAUACAGUCAUCAGUUGGGCUUUAUGAUCCCAGUUUUUUCAAGAAAGAUGUUCCUGAAGAUGGAACAGUUUAUCUUACAACUCAUAGAAUCUGUUAUAUACAUCCAUUUUCCUCUUGUAUUGAGCCUUUAGGCUUAGAUCUAUCAGAAAUCGAAAAACUUGAUACAUCAAAUAGAUUAUUCAAAACAUCAUUUAAAAUAAUUAUUUACUACAAAAAACCGGACUCUACAUAUGAAUCAGAAACACUUUCACCAGUGCCCUCUACAAAUGCAUGGAUAUGCACUGUUUGUAGCUUUUAUAAUAGUGUUCCUAAGUAUCAUCCAUUUGGUCGGCCUUUUCCUCCAUGUUUAGCAUGCGGCGUCUCUACUUACAAUAUCUUAAACUACUCUAAACCCUCGUCAGCAGUAAAUUUUAAUUCAGCAAAAAAUAAAAUCUCUUCAGAAUGUAAAAAAUGUACUUUUUUAAAUCAUCCUGCUCUUAAAGAAUGCGAAAGUUGUGGUGCUCACCUUAUUUCUCAAGAAAAAGACACAUUAUCUCUUGAUUCAAACCUUGAUCUGAAAUCUACAGAUCCAUCUACAUUAAAACAAAAUAUUGUAAAUGAUUGUUGUACUCUAAUAUUUAAAUCAGGCGGAGAGCAAAUUUUUUAUGAACGGCUAAAAGAAGCAAUAAAUCAAAAACUAUGGACUACAGAAAUUAAUCCAAUAGAUCAUAAUGCGGAUAAAAAUUGGAAAAUGGGAGGCAUUAGUGUUUUACAAUAUACAAAAGAGAACAAUAGAUUGAAUAAUGCUCAUAUACUAAAUCAAGGACUUUCAGACCUUAAUACAUUAAUGUCCAAAGCUAAAGAAUUGGUUACUUUAGCCAAUUCACUUAGACUAAAACUCCAAGCAUCUCCUAAUGUAUCAGAUAAUGCACGAAAUACACUUCAAACUUCUAUACAAACAAUGGGUUUGCAAGAGCAAAUGUUAUCACAUGACCUUUCUAACUAUCUUGUAACCAAAGCAAUUACAAAAGAUGAUAAUACAUACUAUAAUGAACUUGCAAAACAAAUUGCAGAAUUUCUUGAAACUGGCGUUUUAAAAAGAGAGGGUGGUAUAAUGACCCUUGCUGAUGUUUUUGCAUUAUACAAUAGAGCUAGGGGUGUCGACCUUAUUAGUCCAGAAGACUUACUUAAAGCUUGUCAAUGCUACAAAACCCUGAAUCUUUCUAUCCAACUUAAACGUUUUCAAAGCGGUCUUUUGGUUUUACAAGAAAAAGAAAAAGAUGAUAAAAAAAUAAUAAACCAGAUUAGCUCCUGGAUCAAAAAUAUUGCACGUGGAGUCACUCCAUUUGAAGUAGCCGAUCAAUUUCAAUGGAGUAUGGGCAUUGCUUACGAAGCAUUGAAAACAGCAGAACAUGCAGGGCUUUUGUGCCGUGACAAAUGUUUUGAGGGCCUUUAUUUCUGGGAAAACCGUAUUGUGUCUUUAUCGUAA